AUGUACAUAGGCUUGGGCUUCCAGCACAGAGUUUUGAUUUUCCACAAGAAACCCGGACUCAAACCACCAACUCCCCCAGAAACCCAGACUCAGACCACCAACAUCCCCCAGAAACCCAGAUCACCAACUCCCCCAGAAACUCAGACUCAGACCACCAACUCCCCCAGAAACCCAGACCACCAACUCCCCAGAAACCCAGACUCAGACACCAACUCCCCCAAAACCCAGACUCAGAACCACCAACUCCCCCAGAAACCCAAACACCACAACUCCCCCAGAAACCCAGACCUCAGUCCACCAAACUCCCCCAGAACCCAGACUCAAACCACCAACUCCCCAGACUCAAACCACCAACUCCCCCAGAAACCCAGACUCAAACCACCAACUCCCCAGAAACCCAGACUCAGCACACCAAACUCCCCAGAAACCCAGACUCAGACCACCAACUCCCCCAGAAACCCAGACUUCAAACCACCAACUCCCCCAGACUCAAACCACCAACUCCCCAGAAACCCAGAUCACCAACUCCCCCAGAAACCCAGACUCAGACCACCUACCCAGACCACCAACUCCCCCAGAAACCCAGACCACAAAACUCCCCAGAAGCAGCAGGCCUGCGCUAGAGACCCAUAA